GCACCGAAACUAAGAUGAAGACGAGUGCACAAGAAUUCAGCUCAAACAACAGAGUGAGGAAAUGGGGAAGGAAGAAUGAAGGAAAACUCUGGUGUGCUCUAGAAAACUCUCUCCGCAAGGAACCGACUCCAUUAAUGAUGUUUUAGUUCAAUUUAGGGCAAAGAGAUUAAAAAUGGAGAGCGAUCAAUCAAUUAAUCGGUGAAGAAGAAUUCAAUUGCUUUCGUAGUCGGGAAAUUUUUGCGAUCAUGGAGAGCAGCGGAGGGGGGAGGAAAUGGAGAGGAAUGUUGCCUCUGCUAGCAAUUCACGCAGUGAAUGAGUACUACAGGCUGCCGUGGAAACCUCCAAUCACGGCGGGGCUUCUCGCAGCCAAUACACUCAUCUAUUUGCGGCCAGCCUUCCUUCAUCCCCUCCUCCCUUCUAUUCGCGACGUCUGCUUCAAUCCUUACCUCAUUCUCAAAUAUGGGGACCUAAAACGCUUCUUCCUCUCGCCAUUCUACCAUAUUGGGGAGUCUCACCUGGUAUUCAAUAUGAUGUCUCUCCUGUGGAAGGGUAUCCAGCUGGAAACUUCAAUGGGAAGUACCGAAUUCGCAGUGAUGGUUGCAUCAUUACUUGCUAUGUCCCAGGGUAUUACGCUGUUAAUAGCCAAGUCGCUCCUCUUGUUCUUUGACUAUGGUAGACCUUUCUAUUCUGAAUAUGCUGUUGGAUUCUCUGGUGUUCUAUUUGCGAUGAAAGUUGUCCUCAAUUCUCAGUCUGAUAACUACACAUAUGUGCAUGGACUAAUGGUACCUGCACGGCAUGCGGCAUGGGCUGAAUUGGUUCUUGUCCAAAUGUUUGUUCCUGGAGUCUCAUUUCUUGGCCACCUUGGUGGGAUACUUGCUGGAAUUCUAUAUUUGAAGUUGAAAAGAACUUACUCAGGUUCAGACCCACUUACUCGGAUAAUCAAUAAUCUUGCUGGUGCAUUGAGCUGGCCUUUAAGGUUUGUGAAAGGCUUAUUUCGUAUCAGGCAGCAAAGGAUUUCUGGACGGGGAGCUGUUGGUGGGAGUCAAGGAGGAAGGACUCUAACAAGGGUAUGGAGGUGCCGAGCAUGCACAUAUGAUAAUUCUAGUUGGUUGAGUGUAUGUGAAAUGUGUGGGAGUAGCCGAGGUGGUGGAUUGCCAUCCGAUCAAGUGCCCCAUCAGUUUGAUGAUUUGUCAGUGGAAGAGAUACGCCGUCGAAGGAUUCAAAGAUUUGGUUGAUAAAAUAAUUUCGGUGAUGAACUAUAUUGACUAAUGCUAGGAAUAACCAUACCUCGUAUGUCUGAUUACCCAUGGUCAUUGAUUCGGUAUUGUGCUCAUUCCAACAGCUCUUGGACAUCGGGUGAACGUUCAGUAGAUGCAAGAGGGUUAUGCUUUCACUUUGUUAUGAUGUAUAUUCCUCAUCUUUUUUCAUUGUUGUCUUUAGAAGAAAUGGCAUAUAUCCAUUGAAAUGUUUGCGUGUGUUUUAGAUAAAACUUCAGUUGUGGUCUUAUUUUUCAUAUAUUUUUGAUAGAGAUUAAGUAGAAAAAGAGGUACAUGAAUAUAGAGGAAUAUGAUUGGGCUUCCCUGUUAGUUCUCGGAAGGGUUUGGGAUUUGUUUCCAUUGUGAUAUUUUAUGACUAUCAAUAUAUUUUUGAUUAUAGAGAUUA